GAUGAUAGGAUAUAUAUAUAGUUUAAUUUCAAUAUCAUAUUCAGUACAUGCAUAUGUACAAUAUAAAGUGCAUAUGUUAAUGUAAAGUGUCACCAAAAUUGUAUUUCGAUAUUUAUGUAUUAAUGUUAAAGAUAUAGCUUCUUAAAAUUGUAAGUUAUUUAUAUUUAUCAUAAAAGUACAAAAACUUGUUACUGGUGAAUGACACGUCAUUAAUUGGUUAAGAAGAACACAAAAUUCGAAGCAAAAGUUUAGUGUAACAUAAACAAAGUCUUGCUCCUUGAAACUCGUUAGGUUAAAUUUAUCUAAUUAUUAGUCAUCUAUCAAUUAUUAAUAUAUCUAUAUUCUUAAAUAGAAAUAGCCUUUAUACGUGAUCCGUUACUAUCACUACUAUCAGUGAGAAACAAUAUGCAACGUGCUAUGUUACGAAUAAAUGACAUACCAACUCAAGUAAUUACAGAAGGUCGUUGGGUAGAAGAAGGCCUUGCAGAAUAUGGUAAGAAAGACAUAGUACUUGUUAUUACAGGUAACCCUGGCGUUGCAGAAUUUUAUGAAGGAUUUAUAAAAACUAUAAAAUCAAGACUUCCUACUGAAGUACCUGUUUGGGUGGUUGGAAAUGCUGGUCAUGUACAACCACCGAACAAUUUGGCGAUUACUAUGCCAAGUAAUUCAACUUGGAACGAACAUUAUAGUUUAAUGGCACAAUUAGAGCACAAGAAAGACUUCAUAAAGAAAUAUAUACCAGAAGAUGCAAGACUGCAUCUUAUUGGGCAUUCAGCAGGGAGUUGGAUGAUAUUAAAUAUGCUAAAAGAUGAUAUCAUUGCUAAAAAAAUAACCAAAUGUUAUCUAUUAUUUCCAACCAUAGAACAUUUAGCCACAACCACUAAUGGAUGGAUAUUCACUAAAAUUAUAUCGCAAAUUGCAUUCUUUGUCAUUUUUGUUGCUUGGACUUUUCAAUUUCUUCCACAUUUUUUACAAAUCUUUUUUAUCAGUAUAAUAACACUAUUAAGAGGAAUUCCUUCAAAAUACAAUAAUGCAGUACUUCAAUUGCUAAAUCCUGAUGUUCUAGAAAGGAUAAUUAAAAUGGCAAAGGAAGAGAUGGAAAUAAUAAAAGAACGAGAUGACGACAUAAUUUCAAAAUAUGCAGAUAAAUUAUGGUUUUAUUAUGGCAAUUGUGAUGGUUGGACACCAGUUAAAUAUUACGAAGAUUUGAAAUCUAAACAUCCUGAUCUCAAUGCAGAACUAUGUAAGCAUGGUUAUCAUCAUUCCUUUGUUUUGCAAUAUGAUAAAGAAAUGGGAAAGCUUGUUGCUGAUGUAAUUAAUGAUAACAUAUUGUAAUCUUAAAAAAGAAAAACGAUAAUUAAUCUUUUAUCAUAUUUUUAAGACAUUAAUUUGGUUGAUAAUUAAUAAUUCAUAUUAUUUUAAAGCUUUUAUUAAUAUCUUAAUAGUUAAAUAAUUGUUUAAUGCUACUUAAAACUUCUCACAUAAAAAACAUUGGUGCAAUAUGUUUACAUUCAACCUUAUUAAAAUCAUAACUCUGUGAUUUGAAAUCCAAAUUUUAAAUGUUUUUACAUGAAAAGCAUGAGCAUAGGGAGCACCACGUUAUUCAAUUCAUGCUUAAUGUUCCUAAGUGUUUCAUCGUGUACUAGUUUAUUAGCAAUAACUUGUGAGAGAUAUUGUAUUAUAUGUAAACAUAUUGACAUUAUACUAGAUGAUCAAUUAAAUUUAGCUCCUUUAUGAAUUUCAAAAUUGAUCAUGGAUUUUUCCAUUUAUGAAGUUAUCUUCAAGAAUUUUGGUUGUAUCACAAAAUCUAUUAUACUUUGAGCAGUUUAGAAGGGGAUUAUUAUCAAUACGCCUAUUAAAUUAUUAAAUUAUAUUCAAUUUACUUAUUAUGUGACAGAAAUUGAAAUGAAGAUAUCAAUAAUACACAAAAAUAUGUAUGUGUCUUUUAAUUUACUUUUAUUGUCAUUUAUUAUAUCUAAAUUGCGCGUGUGUGUGGCGCGUAUGUUGGUGAAUACAAUUCAAAAUAAAAUACUAAUAUUUUAAAAUUUUGCAUGUUCGUGCGAUUUCAAAAUCACAAAAUUAGUACGUUCUAUACUGAAACAAUUAAGCGUUAUUUACUUUAUAUGUUAAGAAAUAAAUAUGUUAUUAUACGAUA